AAAUAUUUUGUACAUAUGUCUCAUGUGUAUAAAAUGUGGACAAAAUAUAACACAUUCAAUGGAAUCCGACGACAAUGUUCCAGAGUGCUGUGGUUCCGGUUGUACAAAUUGCGUACUUGAUCGCACACCAAGUUUCCGGAGGCCAAACUCAAGUUCUGGCAAAGCACACAUUUUUGACGGUGGUUAUAAACUGUUCGAGUGUACCGAUAUCAAACCAUGCGGUGAUAACACGUUUAUGUUCCGCUUCCAAAUCCCUACCAAUAUGCCGGAAGAAGCUGAUAAACUUCUAAUGAUUCCUCCCGGUAGCCAUUUGGUCAUGCGAGCUGCGCGAAACUGGCGGGAAACUAAUCGAUCCACCAAUAGGGUUUUCACGAAGUGGCUAGAUGGAGUGCGACAGCGUUUGGCGCAACGCAUGGCGCGUGAACGCAAACAAUUCAAAGGGCUAGAGAAAUACGAUAAAAGUGAACAGGAUCUGUAUUUCAGUCGGCCGUACACGCCGGUGAAGGUUGUUCCGGAUGGAAGAUUUUUCGAAGUUUUGAUUAAACUGGAAGUGUGCGGUCAGAUGUCGGAGUUUUUGACGACUUUGAAUGUAGGGGAUUUAACGGAAUGGAAAGGCGUAUACAGCCAGCUAAUUUGGGAGAGGAAUAAAUUUAGAAGCCUGAUUGGUUUUGCGCAGGGAGUUGGACUGGCUCCUAUCUAUUCAAUUAUGGCUAGUAUACUGGCAGACGACACAGAUGAAACAAGAUUAUUUUUGUGUUACUGCUGUAAAGAUGUCGACAAUAUUCUGCUACGGUCAAACUUAUUAGAAUUUGGUGGAUAUUGGAAUUUCGAAUGCGUGAUAUACCUUUCUCGAGAGGCCUGCACGUGUGGAGGUAAGACUAACCGACAGUGCUCAUGUUUGUCAUCACGGAAGAAAUACAACGAACGGGUGUUCAAUCAUAGACUGGAAAAGAUGGAUAUAGAAAAUUUAUUGUUUAAGUAUACGCGGGAUUCGCAUCAGGUCCUAAUCUGCGGGAACGAGUCCUUCUCUAGUUUUGUAGAAACUACAUUAACAGAGCUAACUAUAAGUAGUGUUUAUAAAUUUCAAUAAAAAAAAACGAAUACAUUU